CGAGCCAGGAGAACCGUGCUAGGCUCGGUGCCACCGCACACCGCCGGUCACUCCGAGCUGGAAGAUGGCUGCGGUGGAGCGUCCCCCAGUCAAGGAAGGGAUCCGGAUAUUUUUCCUGUGCGUGUGCUGGUACACAGUCAGCUCCGGAGGCAACAUCGUAAACAAAAUCAUCCUCAAUGGAUUCCCAUAUCCUGUCACUGUUUCUCUCUUCCACAUAAUGUCAAUCGUCGUCUUCCUCCCUCCGUUACUGCGGGCUUGGGGAGUCCCUCAAACAGAACUGCCGAGCAGAUACUACCGCUGGUACAUCGUCCCUUUAGCUUUCGGAAAAUACUUUGCAUCUGUGUCGGCUCACUUCAGCAUAUGGAAAGUUCCGGUUUCAUACGCACACACGGUUAAAGCCACAAUGCCGAUAUGGGUUGUGCUGCUGUCGAGACUUAUCAUGCGGGAGAAGCAGACGACAAAGGUGUACAUAUCUCUCAUCCCCAUCAUUGGAGGAGUGCUGCUGGCCACGGUGACUGAGCUGUCCUUCGAUGUUUCGGGUUUGAUCAGCGCUCUGGCCGCCACACUCUGCUUCUCCCUGCAGAACAUCUUCUCUAAAAAGGUGCUGCGGGACACGCGGAUCCACCACCUGAGGCUGCUCAACACCCUGGGCUUCAACGCUGUGAUCUUCAUGGUGCCCACCUGGGUGUUGGUGGACCUCUCAGUGUUUCUGGUAGAAGGAGACCUGUCGGACGUGUCUGGCUGGACCAGCACCUUCCUCCUGCUGCUGGUGAGCGGCUUCUGCAACUUUGCCCAGAACGUCAUCGCCUUCAGUGUGCUCAACCUGGUCAGCCCCCUGAGCUACGCUGUGGCCAACGCCACCAAGAGGAUCAUGGUCAUCAGCAUCUCACUGCUGAUGCUGCGCAACCCUGUCACCACCACCAACGUCCUGGGCAUGAUGACGGCCAUAGUCGGGGUCUUCCUCUACAACAAGGCCAAGUAUGACGCCAACAGAGAGAAGAAGCUGCUGCCCAGCACCAAGCAGGACCUGAUUUCCUUCGACAACCCAGGACUGGAGAAGAUCCAGGCCAACGGGUCAGUGCCUUUGUCCCACGGCUCGGAGCCUCAGCACAGCUGGAACAACGUGCUGACCGACCACUUCCAGUACAGCCGGCAGGCCUACUCGAUGAACUACAGCGGCAACCACCAGUACGUGGUGUAGGCUGGAGUGUCCGUCCUGCCCCAGGGCAUCUGCCGCAGACUUAACUGUAUGUAGCUGCCCCCCCCCCCACCUAUUGUGGGCUUUCUAAAGCCAAACUCCAAACAAGUGACCGAAGGCAAGUGCUGUCUGUGGGGGAGGGGGGAAUGAGACGAGUCAGUCGUGAAAGGGCCAGUGUCUUGACCUCUCCUGUGCCCCGCCUGCUCUAAACAUCACUUUCUAGCAGCUUUGCCACCUGUCGUUGUUAUUUAUUACUUUGGUACAGACUUUGUGGGAUGGUUUGAGCCAAAACAAAACACCCAUGGUUGAUUGAUGAAGCCAUGUAAUCUCAACUCCGCCAUGUGUCGGAUUCAUGACGAGGUUGGGAGGGAUGCUGGUUGAAGAAAUGGCACCUUACCAUCUGGAACCAUCUGACUGAGUUUUGUUUUCCCAACCAGCCAUGACUUGUUGGAGGGUAUUUUGUUUACUUUCAGAGGAAAGGAUAUCAGCUCUAAUUAUUGACUAGGAGCACUCAGUGUCUGUAGUGGUUCAUCUUCUAAUGAACAAAGCUUAGUGCAGGUAUUUUGGAUGUUGGUUUAAAUGAAUUAUUGUUUUCUUGAAACAACACUUGUCAUAAUGUGGGAAGAAAUUGUAUGUAUUUGUCCUCCAGCUUCUCUGAAAACAAAUUUUCGAAAUUGUUGACCUCACUGGUCUGUUGCAUUACAAGCUAGCUAGCUUUAGGCUUGUGGAUUCUGAUUGUUUCAGUAAGAAUGCUACUGAUGCUCAAAAACUGGAAUAUCAGGUAAGAGAAAACGGUUAAGAUGGGAAAUUUGUUGCAUUUGAAAAUUUGGUCUGAUGUCUCAAGUUUUUUGGACUCCACCAGCUUCUGGGGAACUGGUUUUGAAGUCUCCAAAAUGUGAAUCUGAAUCUGAAUUUGCCCACUAAAAUGUACAUGAACUCGGUGAAAUUUAUGUGUACAUUUGCCACUUAUGGACUGUGGAGAAAACUUUUCAUUUGUCAACCUGGACUUAAUGUUGAAAGUUUCCCCCAUAAUGUAAAAAUUCAUUGUAUCCUUUAAGAAGCUGUCACUUGGAUUUCAUAAAGCUGCUGCUCUUAUUAGUUGGAGAAAUCAAGCUUCAUAUUGAUUUAAUUGAUGUCUGAGCAAAACCUGUUAUCAGCAAGCGUCUUAAACUGCCAUGAUAAUGAAGACGCUUCUCCAAUAACAUGAAAGCUCCAGGAAGACAGGGUCCGGGUCUUGGAGCCGCCACAAACCACAACCUUGUCGGAGGCGUUGACAGCGAGACUCGCUCUGUUACCCAGAGCAGUCAGUGACCUGCCCAAAGACCUGCCCCCUGUGAGGUUAUGAGCAAGGAAGCAAAGGGUUUUCUUUCAUUACUGUAGAGUCUAAAUGUAAAAAAAAAAAAAAGUUGACUUCAAAUGGGGUUCACCAAAAUAAAUAAGAAAAAAUCUAUCUUGUAUGCAAUAAGUCAUCUGCCUAGUAGACGCUCUUGUUUGUUUUUUCUUAUGGAGUCUAAUGAUGGAAAAUGUGCGUGAUAGUGAAGGUGGGAGUUGUUCAAAUGAGUUAAGCUAUGAUGUAAAUUAGUUCAGAGGUGGGGCAUUAACUUGAACAAUUCAGAUUUUUAUCCUUUAUCAGUUCUGUUUGUCAGACUAUUUCAUGAGUAGUUGAUUUGUUAUCUUCACCUUGCAACGGGCAGAGAGCGAUAUUCUCCCCUUCCAGGUGACUUUAGGCCUUUACAUUUGAAGUUUGCACAUCCUAAAACAACUUAAUUUGAUAUGCACAUGCGACUGUGACUCUCUCAAGUGACUUUGUAGAGGCGAGUAUUUCAUUUAAAGUCUAGAGACCCAGGAGUUCACAUUGUUAGUGUGACUGAGAAAGAGGCAUGCAGGAUAUCAGGCGGUAUGGUUCGUGCAAUUACAAGUCAAACUCUAAUUUCAGAAGGACUAGAGGCUUCGUUAUAAUUAUUGAUUUAUUAUUUGAACAAAAUUGGCAAUCAUAAGAGUUGUCACAAGAUGCUGUAUUGAUUUGAUCUGUAAAGGGUGGUGUUGUACUGCGUGUGGAGUUAUUUGAUUGUUGUCAUUUCCUAGAGCUUAAGCUGACUUUGAUGCACACCAAGCGUCUCCCCGUCACGCUGCAGCAAUAUCAAGUACAAAUCAGGUUUCAAACAGUAUAUUAUGCUAUCUGCGUUAUAUACAGUUGUUUGAAAACAUUUCUUUUGUGUGAUCAGCGUCUGGAUUGAACUUGCUGGCUCGACUGCCAAGAGCUGUUUCCUAUGUGUUUCCUAUGUGGAAUCUAGUACUGUGUGAAACACUGACUGCACUAGAGCAAAUGUAGGUAUUUGAUUUAAAACUUACUGACUUAUACAAUGUAUCAACAUUGUAAUUUAUCAUUAAGUACAUUUGAGUUCAGCUUAAAUGAUCAAAUACCCUAUGUAAAUUAAGAUGGUAUUCAAAUGUUAUCUAAAAAAUGGCCAGUGUGACAGUUUUGUUUAUUGAUUUAUCCACUAUCAUUUUUAUAGCCUUUGGCAGUUGAUGCAACUGAUGUUCAUUUCAGACCCUGGUAUGGGUGUUAAGAAAUGGUUUAUUAGAUGUUUAAGAAGAUAUGAUUUAGGUAAAGAUGGUAAGAGAGGGGGAAUUUUCACCUGGCUGGGCUUUUCAUCAUCUACUAGCCUACAUCAUGUUUGCUCAGUGAUCGUCUGGCAGUUUCAAACACAUGGAUGGCAUUGGGUCUGGAGAUGUAGUCGAGCAAGGAGCUCUCCAGGUCUGCUAUGGGUCAAGGCUUUCCAUAAAUCAUCUGCUGACUUCAUCCUGAAUCAGUGGAUCAAGUAAUAUGUUAAGUUAUGUUAUUGCUGAGAUGGUUUGUGGAGACCCAGGCACCUGCAGCUGUUCUGUUCAGCUGCAAACAUGGAGGCUCCAGCAAGGAGGGAAAUGAAGCACCAGGCCAAUGUUGAUUCUGAUUCUGACCCGGGCCAUUUUACAGCCUGGAAUUAUGAAGAUUUGUGAAGUCGGUGCUAAUGCAUACGCUGCAUGAACAGUAAGAGGAAUGUGUUUCCUCAGCAGGAAUGGAUUAUGCAGAGAUACGUCUGAAAAGUAUUUCAACAUUUUGCAACAUUAAGAGUUUUUUUUCCCCCUCAUUUUGUGGUGGAAAACAGUGAUCUGAUGCAAGUGUCAGUGUUCAGAGCCCAUGCCAAUUCGCAGCACCUGUGUCUGGAAGGGCUUGUGUGAACAUACGAGAUUAAAGUAAUAAAACAAGUAGAGAAAAGGAAAGAAUACAGAAAGAUACAAUAAGAUAUAAAACAUACACUUAGUAAUAACAGUGGUAGGAGAUGGGAUGAGAGAGUUGUUUUCAUAUUUCAUAUGAAAACAUAAGUUUUUCUUAUACUACCAAAUCCUUGACUUUCAAACCAAAGUUCUUUAGCACCAGAUUUUGCCAGUUUGAUUUUAAAAUCAACAAAUAGACCGAUGUCUCAACUGCAGAGUGUUAGAAUAUGUAAACCUGUAUAUUGAAAAAUAGCGGUCCUCAGAGUGUUUAGUGGUUUUUCUGAACUGAAUACUCUGAAAGGUCAGCUAAUCCUUUCCUGGCGGAGGAAUGCAAUCUUCACAUGGUGUCAUCAGCAUUUCAACACUAACGCUUACUUCACUAAAGUACAUUUACGUCGUGGACAUUGUGUUGUCAUUUUGGGGCGCAGCAGCUGCCAUAGCGAGUGGGCAUAAAUUUGAUUCCCCCCUCUGUUGUUGUUUUUUUUUUUUCCUUUCUGUUUAUCUUUUCAACAACUAAUACAUGAGAAAAAUAGGUGAUGUUUUUCUCUUCUUUUUUAGGAUGAAUCUUAUUGAACCCUGGAGAUGUUUUUGGACCUAUGUGAGGCUUUGCUGGUAUAAGAAGUCUCAUUUUAGCCAGUUUAAUUAAUCACAUUGUCCAGUACCGCCAUUAGAAUUUUUUUUUCUUUCCGAUUUCUUCCUGCCUGUCUGUUUAUCAUGUCCUUCCUCAUGUUGCCAAAUGAAAACAAGAUUUGAAUCUUCCUGUCACUUAAUGUGUGGAGACCCCCCACGGUCAGAUGAUUUAAAAAGGAAAAAAAAAAAAAAAAAGCCAUGUAUAAGUCUGUCCUCUAAUCUGUGCCCAUGGAUUU